AUGGACAUCGACACCCCUCCCCCAGAUCUUAGCCCGUUGCCGCUGCCCGAGUUCAGCGCGUCCUUUCCUCUCCCCUUCCGCGUGCUCUUCCUCAUCGGCUUCGCCAUCCUCCUCUGGGCUGUCAACCUCCAUGUCCUCUCCGCGCUGGGUCUGGACGUUUCCUGGGUGCUAGACAUCCGGGACGGCGACGAUGGCGACUACAACGUUGACCUAGACACACCGCUACCGAUGACCACGCCCGAUGCCUCUCGUUCCGCCUCGCCCGCGCACAUGGGACCAGUGUCCCGUCCCGAGAGCACGAAGCUGUACGGACCAGUUUAUCGGCUGUUCCUCCUCUACACGCUCUGGGUGGGAGGAGGCUGGCUCCUGUUCCGCUUCAUCACCGGAGACGACACCUCGGCCAUGGAACGAUGGCGCGGUCUCAUUGCCGCCAUUGCCCUGGUUCCGACUCUCCUGUCGCUGACUCCGUGGCGUGGCCCGGCGUACCGCGAGCGAAAAGCGCUCCGCCGAUCAAUGUGGCGCUGCCUGUUCCCGCCCGCGAACUCGCCUAUCUUCUUCUGCGACGUGAUCUUCGCCGAUAUCCUGACCAGCUUUGCCAAGGUCCUUGGUGACUUCAUCGUUUCCGCCGGACAGGUUCUGUUCGGAGGCGUGUCUCACGGACGAGAGGCACCGGCUGGACUGGCCAAGUGGGUCACUCUGGCAAUGGUUUGUUUACCCUACGUGAUCCGUUUCCGCCAAUGCGUUGUGGAGCUGUACCACUCGGACUGGAAAUCGCUGCGACCCCUUGCUAACGCGUGCAAGUACGCCUCCGCGUUCCCGGUUAUCUUCCUUUCGGCCGCGCAGAAGAUCGUCGUACAGGACGUAGCCGCCGCCAAGGGCAUCACGGAGGCGCAGUUGAACCAGUCCGGUGAUCGAUGGUUCGGCGAGCACCGGUUAUGGCGCCUGUGGCUGCUUGCAGUCAUCGUCAACUCCAUGUUCUCAUUCUACUGGGACGUUGAGAAGGACUGGGGCCUGUCCCUGCUCGAGCUGGAGACCUGGGCGCCAAGUAGCAUUCUGAACCGGUUGAAGAAGCUGGUUUCCCGCGAGCCGGAGCGCUACGAUCGGAGCCCUGGGCCGCGAGGCUCGACGAACACCCCGCCGGAACACUGGGGACUGCGCCCUGUGCUUCUGCUUCCAGACGCUGGAGUGUACUACCUCUUCACGCUGAUCGACGUCGUGCUCCGCUUCACGUGGAGUCUCGAGCUGUCAUCACACCUGCACACGAUCAGCGACCUCGAAUCCGGCGUCUUCCUCAUGGAGGCGCUCGAGCUCGUGCGCCGCUGGAUGUGGGUGUUUAUCCGCGUGGAGUGGGAGGCGGUUCGCAUGGGCGAGGCAGCGCGAUUCCGCGGCACGCUGCAGGACACGGAACUCGAAGGCCCUUCAAGGCUCCUGUUCGAACAAAAGCCAGAAGUCCACAACGACGACUGA